GAUGGAGAGUGUAAACAGAGACAUUGAAAACAAUAUGAAUGCUGAAUUAAGUAAAAAUCGGUAGAAAUUUUAUUUAGGAGCUCAUGAAGACUCUUUCAUCUAGAAUCCAGAAAAUAAAAUAGAAGACUUUGAAAAUAAAGCGAAUUUUUAGGAUUGCGAAUAAAUAAUAGAUGAGGAGACGAUACGAUAAUUUAUUGAUGAUAUUCCCCAUAUCUCAUUUUAAUAAAUUGAAUAAAUGAAAGAAAUAGGAGAAAGAGGAAUUGCAGCUUUAACUUCUGUAAUUGAUAAAAUGGAAGGAUUUGAAUUGUUGGAGGAAGAGUAGGAGUUUAAUUUUUGGAUUAAAUAUGUUGAGACUCCUGAAAAAUAUCAAAUCGGUAUCAUGAAAUACACAUAUACUUUGAACACAUCGAUUGAUUCUUACUUAGAAUUCAUGAAGGAUCUGCAAUUACAAAAGUAAAUGGAUAAUAGUAUUGAUGCAUUUGAGAAACAUUUCGAAGAAAUGAAUUUAUAGAUAAACUAUUUAAGAUACAAAAAGAUUAUGUUCAUGGAUCCUCGUGACUUUUUAUACAUUAAAUACUAUGAUAGAAAAGGAGAUGAUUGCAUUGAGAUUUCUAAAUCUAUUAAUGUAGAUAAUUUCAAGCCUUAGUAAUUAAUUAUAUUUAAGAAUUUAGAGAACUAAAUGUUAAACAAUGCACUAGGGCAGUAUUAUUAUUAAGUGGAAAUAUAAUAAAAAAGAUUGAUGACAAUAAAAUUAUGAUUACAACUUAUUCUGAAUGCAAUAUGAAAUUAAAAUUAAAACCUGUAAUGACAAAGUAGGCUAGCAAAAAUGAGAUAAAGAAAAUAGUUAAAAGAUAUCGUGAUCAUUUUAAUUAAUGA